ACACACACACACACACACACACACCGAGCUUCAGUUAUGGCCCGCUUUAAUGUGCAGCAGCUUGUACUAGACCUGGACAUCAACUGGACGCCGGUGAUUGCAGCCACGGUUUGCGGGACAGGUGCAUUAUAUCUCUUCUUGAAAUGGAGAAAUAACCAGGAGAUUCAAAAGAAAAUACUAAACGCACGGAAAAGACGAGAUGCAUCUCUUCUACAGGCUGAACAAGCGGUGCAACAAUUCAAAAUGCAGAACCCAGACUUCGAGAGCAGCUCUAUAGUGUCUCUGUCUUUGCCUGAGCUCACUGGGAAACUCAAGGACGGCUCCCUGCAGCCAGACGCUGUGCUUUAUGCCUUAAUGGAAAAGGCUCUGGAGGUGAACAAGAAUCUGAACUGCAGCACUGAGUUCUUGAUGGAGUCUGUGGCGCAGCUGGAAGACAUCAAGACUCAGAAGAAAGGUCUUCUGUACGGCGUGCCCAUCAGCAUCAAGGACAACGUGUCAUAUGAGGGUCAUGACACUUCCUGUGGUGUGGUGAGUAAGUUGGGUCAGCCUGCGCUCGUGGACAGUGUGGUGGUUAAGGUGCUGAAGAAGCAGGGCGCGAUCCCGUUCAUCAAGACCAACAUACCACAAGGUCUUCUCAAUUAUGACUGCAGUAACCCCAUUUAUGGGCAAACCUUGAACCCCUGCAACCUUCAGAAGUCCCCUGGUGGUUCAUCCGGAGGGGAGGGAGCUCUGAUCGGAGGAGGCGGUUCUUUCCUAGGCAUAGGCACUGACAUUGCUGGGAGCAUUCGUAUCCCAGCAUCCUUCUGUGGCAUUUGUGGAUUUAAGCCCACAGCAAAGAGGAUAAGUUCUCGUGGAAUCAGUUCUUGCAUCAAAGGCCAGAAUUCAGUGUUGCCCUCUCUUGGACCUUUGGCAAGGGAUGUCGAGAGUUUGGCACUGUGUAUGCAGGCACUUCUCUGCCAGGACAUGUUCUCCUUAGAUCCCACCGUCCCUCCCAUACCAUUCAACCAAGAGGUGUAUGAGAGCUCAGAGCCCCUGAGGAUUGGUUAUUAUGAGAACGACGGGUAUCUGCAGCCGUCUCCGAGCAUGGCCAGGGCCUUCAGGGAGACUAAGGACCUGCUGGAGAGAGCGGGACACACGCUGGUUCCAUUCCAACCCCUGCGGCUUUACCACGUCUUCCAUGAGUUGGCUCUCAGAGGGGUCAUGGCUGACGGAGGUCGUACCUUCAUCAGUCAACUGAAGCCAAGCCCCAUUGACCCGUGUAUCCGCAAUCAGGACAUGAUAUUGAGCACUCCAGGCUUCAUAAUGAGGCUCAUUUCUUUUGUUCUCAAGCCUUUUUGUCCACGGAUGUCUGCAACCAUAGAUGCAACUCAUGGAGUUGGGUCUGUUGCAGAAUUAUGGAGAAUACAUGCAAAUAUUGAGGGGUACAUUCAGGAGGUGAUAGCAGAGUGGAGGAGACUGAAUGUGGAUGUUUUGUUGUGUCCCAUGCUUGGACCAGCCUACAACUUCACUUACUGCGGGAGACUCAACAGUGCUCUCAGUUACACCAGCCUGUACAACCUGCUGAACUUCCCUGCCGGGGUGGUGCCCGUGUCUGCUGUGACGGAGGAGGACGAGGCCCAGCUCAGUCAGUACACGGGUGUCCAUGGGGACAUGUGGGACAAACUCUUCGUUAAGGCGGUGAAGGGUGGCGUUGGUCUCCCGGUGACAGUGCAGUGUGUGUCUCUGCCGUGGCAGGAUGAAAUGUGUUUGCGCUUUAUGAGAGAGGUGGAACAGCUCACAGCCAAGAACAAACUCACCAGGAAAUAUUAAUGACUGAAAUUCUGCUGUGUAUGUUUGUGGGCUGCUAACGGUUCAGUUCCAUGUGAGUUAUGAGCAGGCCUACACUGAAUCUGCGACCGCAGAAACAUUGACUGAUUCUACAAGUUCUAUCUUAUAAGUUCUAGGUAACUCACAAAUCCUAUACGUUGUUCAUUAAAAACGUAACUGAUAUGAUUGUUUUCAGUUAAGAACAAGUUCUGCUGUGCGUUAAGGUUUUGGAAGAAAGAAUGGUACCAUAACGUUUAUUUACUAUAUAUUUUUUUCAUUGUUAAAAUACUUUUUCUUAUUUCAGAUUAAUAUCCUGAAAUUACUAUAAGUGAGCCAUUCAUAAUUGUUUGUCUUUGUCUUUAGAUUUUGUAAUAACAUUUUGGUGAUCGCCGCUGAAAUUUCAGACCUUUAAUAAAUAACAACUCUCAAUCAUUCUUCACUA